UUCUGCGGAACGGACAUGCCCCCCGCCAUCACGGCUACCCAGGACAUCCACAUCCGCUUCGUGACGGACGAGCUCAUCAGCGGACCCGGGUUCCAAUUCUCUUACAUCGUCCAACAUGAACUGGCCGGCGGUGGUCCUUGUGGAACUCAUCUGCACGACAGUUACGGCGUGGUCACAUCGCCAGGUUACCCGGACAGCUACCAGAGUAACAUGGACUGCACGUGGACCAUCCACGGUGGUGGCUAUGAGAUCACCCUGACUUUCACCGACUUCGUGCUGGAGAACGGCGGCUACUACUCCGGCUGCUACGACUAUGUCGAGAUCUACGAUGGCAGGGAGAUUGUCGGUACAUACUGUGGGACUGAUACCCCACCCACCCUCACCACUACCAAAGACGUUAGGAUCAAACUGGUGACUGACAGCAGUCUUCAGCGUCCAGGAUUCAGGUUCCACUACCGUGUGGCGGUACCAUCUAGUACUUUCAAACCAGAGCCAGAGAAAACCACCAUGAAGCCAGAGGGAAGCGGAGAAGGCAGCGGUGAUGACUUCAUAUUCUAGAGACUAUGCUACCCAUUGGCCAAGCAACAGGAUGUCCUGAUAUCACUGUAACAAGGGAUGCGUUUAGUUUUUACUUUACAUGAGUGUUUACUUUAUACAGAUGCCUUGAGGAAAAUAAAA